CAAAAAACCCAAGAUCAUGGCCACUGGUCCCAUCACCUCCUGGCAAAUAGAAGGGGAAGAAAUGGAGGCAGUGAGAGAUUUUACCUUCUUGGGCUCCUUGAUCACUGCAGAUGGUGACAGCAGUCACGAAAUUAAAAGAUGCCUGCUUCUUGGGAGAAAAGCAAUGACAAACCUAGACAGCAUCUUAAAAAGCAGAGACAUCACCUUGCCUACAAAGGUCUGUAUAGUUAAAGCUAUGGUUUUCUCAGUAGUGAUGUAUGGAAGUGAGAGCUGGACCAUAAGAAGGCUGAUCGCUGAAGAAUUGAUGCUUUUGAAUUAUGGUGCUGGAGGAGACUCUUGAGAGUCCCAUGGACUGCAAGAAGAUCAAACCUAUCCAUUCUUAAGGAAAUCAGCCCUGAGUGCUCCCUGGAAGGACAGAUCGUGAAGCUGAGGCUCCAAUACUUUGGCCACCUCAUGAGAAGAGAAGAAUCCUUGGAAAAGACCCUGAUGUUGGGAAAGAUUGAGGGCACUAGGAGAAGGGGAUGACAGAGGACAAGAUGGUUGGACAGUGUUCUCGAAGCUACGAACAUGAGUCUGACCAAACUGUGGGAGGCAGUGCAAGACAGGAGUGCCUGGCGUGCUCUGGUCCAUGGGGUCAUGAAGAGUCGGACACGACUAAACAACAACAACAAAGAUACCCAGCUCCUUCAACUGUUCCUCAUAAGGCUUGGUUUCCAGACAACCUUGAUCAUCUUGGCUGCCCUCUUCACUCCUUCCAGCUGGUCAACAUCCUUCUUAAAUUGUUUUGCCCAGAAUUGGACCCACUAUUCCAGGGAAAGGAUCUGUUUCCAGAAAUGGGUCCUGAUUCCUCUGAGGCAGAGAGGACUUCACUGGACACCAGAGAGAGGCCGCUGGGUGAAAGAAGGAUGUCGGCAAGACCUCCUCAUCCAUCUCUUCAUCCUGGUGGAGGGGAAGCAGCGGCUGAGGAACCGGAUCAGGCUUCAGUUUCUUUUGAAGAUGUUGUGGUUCGUUUCAUGGCUGAGGAGUGGGCGUUGCUGGAUCCUGCCCAGAGAGCUCUGCAUCAGGAAGUCAUGGAGGAGACUUGUAGGACCAUGAUCUCUCUUGGUGAAAGAAGGAUGCCGGCAAGACCUCCUCAUCCAUCUCUUCAUCCUGGUGGAGGGGAAGCAGCGGCUGAGGAACCGGAUCAGGGUUCAGUUUCUUUUGAAGAUGUCGCUGUUUGUUUCACGGCUGAGGAGUGGGCGUUGCUGGAUCCUGCCCAGAGAGCUCUGCAUCAGGAAGUCAUGGAGGAAACUUGUAGGACCAUGAUCUCUCUUGGUGGUGGUGAAUUAGAAAUUAAGAACAAGGGACAACAUGAUAAAAUCCACACAGUGGAGAAGCCAUAUCAAGAUUUGGAGUGUGGAGAGAACUUCAGUCAGAGCUCCCUUGCCACUUCCCAUCAAAGAAAUCCUAUUGGGAAGAAACUCUAUCCGUGUUUGGAAUGUGGAAAGAGCUUCAGUCACAGCUCACAACUCAAAGACCAUAAAAAAUUUCAUACUGGGGGGAAGCCAUAUCAGUGUUUGGAAUGUGGAAAGUUCUUUGCUACAACCAUAUACCUCCGUCGACAUCAGAGGAUUCACAGUGGUGAGAAACCAUUUCAGUGCUUGGAAUGUGGGAAGUCUUUUACUAUAAGCAGAAACUUCCGUCGACAUCAGAAAAUUCACAGUGGGGAGAAACCAUUUCAGUGCUUGGAAUGUGGAAAGAGCUUCUAUCGCAACUCACAUCUCAAAGCCCAUCAAAGAAUUCAUACCAGGGAGAAAUCACAUCAGUGCUUGGAAUGUGAGAAGUUCUUUACUACAAGAAUGGACUUCCACAGACAUAAGAGAAUUCACAGUGAGGGGAAAACUUAUCAGUGCUUGGACUGUGGGAAGAGUUUCAGUCGGAAGAUUAGUCUUACUUUCCAUCUAAGAAUUCAUACAGGGGAGAAACCAUAUCAAUGCUUGGAGUGUGGAAAGAGCUUCUCCAGGAAGGACCAUCUCACUUCCCAUCAAAGAUAUCAUACAGGGGAGAAACCAUAUCAAUGCUUGGAGUGUGGAAAGAGCUUCUCCAGGAAGGACCAUCUCACUUCCCAUCAAAGAUAUCAUACAGGGGAGAAACCAUACCAGUGCUUGGAAUGUGAGAAGUUCUUUACUACAGGAACAGACUUACAUCGACAUAAGAGAAUUCACAGUGGGGAGAAACCAUAUCAAUGCUUGGAAUGUGGGAAGAGCUUCAGUGACAUCUCACAUCUCAAAGCCCAUCAAAGAAUUCAUGCGGGGGAGAGGCCCUAUCAAUGUCUGGAGUGUGGAAAGAGCUUCAGUGGGAGGAAUAAUCUUACUUCCCAUCAAAGAAUUCAUACCGGUGAGAAGCCCUAUCAUUGUCUGGAGUGUGGAAAGAGCUUCACUCGAAAUAAUAGUCUUACUUCCCAUCAAAGAAUUCAUACAGGGGAGAAACCAUAUCAGUGCUUGGAAUGUACAAAGUGCUUCCCUUCAGGGAAAAAGUUAUGGGCACAUAAGAGAAUUCACACUGCGGAGAAACCAUUUCAAUGCCAAGAGUGCGGAAAGAGCUUCACCUGGAAGGUUACUUUCACUUCCCAUCAAAGAAUCCAUACAGGGGAGAAACCAUUUCAGUGCUUGGAAUGUGGGAAGGGCUUCAGUCGGAAGAUUAGUCUUAUUUCCCAUCAAACAAUUCAUGCAGGGGAGAAGCCAUAUCAGUGCUUGGAAUGCACAAAGUGCUUUGCUUCAACAAAGAAGUUAUGGCAACAUAAGAAAAUUCACCUUGGGGAGAAACCAUUUCAAUGCCAAGAGUGCGGAAAGAGAUUCACCUUCAAGCAAAAUCUCACUUCCCAUCAAAGGAUUCACACAGGGGAGAAACCAUUUCAGUGCUUGGAAUGUGGUAGGAGCUUCAGUGAAAAGCGAAGACUCACUUCCCAUCAAAGAAUUCAUACAGGGGAGAAACCGUAUCAGUGCUUGGAAUGUGGAAAGAGCUUUCAUAAGAGGGGCCAUCUCACUUCCCAUCAAAGAAUUCAUACAAGUGAGGAAGUAUAUCAGUGCUUGGAAUGUGGGAUGUGCCUUACUACAAGAAGAGACUUCCUUCGGCAUCAGAAGAUUCACAGCGGGGAGAAACCAUAUCAGUGUGUGGAAUGUGGAAAGAGCUUUUCUAGGAAGGACGGUCUCACUUUCCAUCGAAGAAUUCAUACAGGGGAGAAACCAUAUCAGUGUGUGGAAUGUGGAAAGAGCUUCAGUCGGAAGAAUAGUCUCACUACCCAUCAGAGAAUUCACACAAGUAGAAACCAUUUCAAUGCCAAGAGUGCGGAAAGAGAGUCACCUUGAAACAAACUCUCACUUCCCACCAAAGAAUUCCAAUGACUGAGAAACCUGAACAGUGCUUGGAAUGUGGAAAGUGCUUCAACUGGAAGGAAAUAUUACUGCCCAUUAAAAACUUACAGCGGGGGAAAUCCUGGAAUUAUAGAAUAGUAGCUUUGGGAGGAAUAUUUAGGGUCAUCUAGUCUAAGCCAACUGCAAUGGAUCUUCUUGAUGUUUAGUCAGAAUCUCUUUGUUAUGUUCUUGUGGAGUUACAUGGUUCUUCACCUCCUUUUCAAUCAUAAGAAUAACUGUGAGGUAGGUUAGGCUCCCCAAGAUCACCCACUGAGCUUCAUAGCCAAGUAGGGAUUUGAACCCAGAUCUCCCAGGGUGUAGUCGAAUACUCUAGGCCAGGCACGUCCAACAGGUAGAUUGUGAUCUACCGGUAGAUCACUGGAUGUCUGUGGUAGAUCACUGCUAGAUCACUGGCACCCUAAAAAAAAGCUCACCCAAAAUUUUCCUCCUCCCUAAAAAAAGCUGAACAACUAUGACCUGAAGCCCUAAACAAAAAUGGGCCUUCCGCCCUCCUAAAAGAAGCUCAACAAGUUUGACCUAAACCCCAAAAAACAGGGCUUCCCUUCCUUUAAAAAAACUCAACAGCUUUACCUGAACCCCCCAAAAGGGGGUAGAUCACUCCCAGUUUUUAACUCUGUGAGUAGAUCACAGUCUCUUGGGAGUUGGUCACCCCUGCUCUAGGCAAUAUAUUACACUGGCUCUCCCAUGAGACUCUUAGAAAUUGUUCAUGCAUGUUUGUCUGCUUAAAUUUGGGUGCUUUAUUCUGGUGUUUGUAUUUAAAGCUGUAUGCUCCUCUGGCAAAGUAAUAAAUGUAAUAAUAGUAAGUCAACUUCUAUAUUAUAAUAGAUUUAAGGUAAUGUUAGCUGGGGGGAGGGGGAGUUUUAAAUUCUGGGGGUGAGUGAUGAUUGGCUAUGAGUUUGGAAGGGUGUUUAAGUAAGUACAGCAUCAACAUAACUAUCAGGCCUUUGGCUAAUUAAACUUUAUCCUUUUAAGUUUCUUUGUGGGAGGGAAAUAUUGGUGUGUUUCAUUUUAGUUUUUAUUAUGCAAUUGGUGUUUCUAUUUUGAAUGUUAAUGCUGGGGACUGCCCUGAUAUCUUCUAAUGAAGGCCGUAUAUGAAUUUAAUAAAUGAAAAAUAAGGUAAUCAUAAAUCAUAAAGGAAAAUUUAAAAAUACUCUGGGGUGGCAGCUGGAAUGAAGGGGCUCUUUGGUGGAAGACCCAGUCAAGACCCAGCUCACAGCUCUGCCUCUUGAAUACUCUGGGAAGGAUCCCCAUAGCUCAGGGCCUGAGGGUACCUGCUUGGCAUGCAGAAGGGCCCCAUCUCUGCCCUGGCAGCAUCUCCGAGAAGGUCUGAGACCAUCCCCUGCCCAAAGAGACCUCCUGCCAGAGAGUCUGGCCCAAACUGGGGGGGGGGCUCCCCAAGGUUGCUGGGCUGCAGCUCCCAUCAUCCUUCGCCAUUGGCCAAGUGAGCUGGGGCUGGUGGGAGUUGUAGUCCAGCCACACCUGGAGGUUUGCCAAGGGUGGUGCAGACAGCGUGGAGCGGCUUGGGUCAGGGGAAGGGCCACUGUAGCUCAGGAGCAGGACACCUGUUUGGCAUGCAGAAGGGCCCAGGCUCCAUCCCCCCGGCAGCAUCUCUGGGUCAAGUGGGAACAAUCCCUGUCUUGAACCCUGGAGGGUCAAGGCUGCCAGUCAGGGCAGGGAACCUGGAGCAGCUGGAGGGACCCCCCCCAGGGUCUGUCCUGGCAGGAGGCAACAGCUUCUUCCUGCCCCCCAUCCGAGGGAGCAGGGGCCAUUCACCCUGCUGGAGGUGGGCAUGCAGAGGGGCCCUCUGUCCCCUGGGGACCAGGGCCAGAUCAAAGCCAGUGGAGGCCCCAUGGCCGUCGAAAUCUCUGGGUCGCCUCACAUAUGAUCUCUGAAUCCCUUUUUGAUUUUACCAACCAGCAAUUGCAACAAACCCAAUCAAUGGGGCCCCUCAAAGACGCAGGUCCAGAGUCUGGUCCCAGCUGUGCCUCUUUGGCCCUCCUGUUUGCCGAGUCAAACUUAUUGAUGGCAAGCCUGCAAUGAAUAAAUUUUCUACUUUCUUUUCCUCCGCAUCUCUGAGUCCUGAUUUCCUCCAAGCUGCCUGACCUUUGUAUGCCCAAGGGUUUUUCACAGAAGGGUGGUGGGAAUGGGUGAUUGGCUGAUAGGUGUGGCAAACCUGUUGACUGUUAAGGACUGCAAUUGGUCUUACAGAAAAAGCAAGGGGUGAGAU